GAAGCGGGGAGAGGGAGGGAGAGAGAGAAGGGCAACGAGGAAGAGAAAGGGAGAGCCCAGACACUUGUCUUCAACCUCAGCUCCCAUCCUCAGGCAAAACAUCACUAUCCUUCAUUUUCGGCAAAAGUGAAAACAGCUCAAAAAAAUGAAGGUCUCUGUACUAAUGCCCUGUACUAAAGCAGGUUUCCUUCUUUUUGUUUUAUGGCAAACAAGUUUAUUUUUGCAUGCAAGUGCACAGACAAACUCCACAAAUUCCACAAUUAUGCCAGAGAACAUUGAUCCCAAUGCAACCUCAUCGACUAAUUUGACUUUUAGUAGUACAGUUGCCCCCUCGGCUAAUGCAACCAAUACAACCACUCUUGGCACAAAUGCCACAGCAAUGGUAUCUUGUCGAGUCUUCUCUUGCAAUUACUCGGCAUGCUACAGUGCUUUCAUGAGCUCCAAUGUCACCAAUUGCUCAGCCUCUGAACGUUCUUGUGAGCUGAGAAGAGAUGGAGAUGCAUUAUAUUCACUGAGCUGCAGAAGUGGCUGCAUCCCUACCUGUGUGAACACCUCUCAGAACAACUGCUCCAUUAACUGUUGCACCAACAAUUGUGAAAACUCCACUAUCAACAGCCUAUUCAACUCUUCUGUCAUAAUGACUACUACAACAACUGCCGCCACCACCACCACCACCACCACCAAAGCUUCUACCAUUGCAUCCACCACCAUGGCAACCAAUGGUAAGAAGUGCCAAAAGUUCAGUUGUAAUGGAGAUGGCUGUUAUCAAGGCAAUACUAAUGUUGGCCUGUGUGGUACGGGUCAGAACUUCUGCAUGCUGAAGAAGACACCAACUGGAACCUUGGUGACUUGGACAGCGAGCUGUAUCGAGGACUGUAGCAAAGAGAUAAUGUGUACCUCCACCAAUACCAACUGCAUCCUAGAAUGUUGUAAUGCCACCACAACAGCCUCUUGCCUCAAGCUGAAUGGCCAAACAAAUGUUCUCGGUUCUGGCACUAUGGCUCCAUGCUGUCAUUUGCCGCUUUUGGUGUCUUCAUUCUUCCUCUGGUUGCUGAUGAUGGGCAAAUCUGCAGAUUAGAUAAUAGAGCACUAGCUCUUGUUCACUGAUGGGACACUGUGUGUGUGUGUGUGUGUGUGUGUGUGUGUGUGUGUGUGUGUGUGCGUGUGCGUGUGUGAGAGAGAGAGAGAGAGAGAGAGAGAGAGAGAGAGAGAGAGAAAGAGAGUACUAUUUAUUUCAUUGCCUGUCAGCUGAAAAUCGGAUAUAAUAUAUGAUGAGGAAAUUACUAUAAUUUAAUGAUGUAUAAUCCAAAACUUAAGAUACAAGGAGCAUAUCGAGAGCAAUUAAUUUGUUUACAACUUCAUUAUAUAGAAAUAUAUAUUAAUUGACUGUCUUAGUUUAGUAUGGUUUCCACUUUCAUAUGACAGCAUGGCUUGUUUUGCAGCAAACAAUCCAACCACUUAGGGCUUUUUUGAUUGGUGUCUAUUAUUUUCCGAUGUUUGAGUAAUGUGGAUCACAUUACCUGUUGCGCAGUCAUUCUUUCUCCACCCAAAGCAGGUAAUCCAGACCUAACAAUCAGAACAAUAUGUUUUCAGAACAUGCACAUUAAGGUUAAGGUUGUUUGACCAAACACUGACAUCAUCAGUGUCAUCGAAAUACAAAACUGACAACCAAACAAAAAGUAAUAUAUACUUUAUAAUAUAUGUGCACUUUAUACUUAUGCAAGAAAUUUGUAGUUUAAAUAAUAUUUGCAUAUGUGAAAAGGCUGUGUGGCAGAAGACUUUUAGCUAAAACACUAAACCAAAAUUUAUUUUUGAACACACAUAUGUUGCACUAUAAGAUUGUAUAAACAUGUCUACAUUUUAUGGUACAUAUUAAAUAAUUAUUGAUAAAAUCUAA